AUGGAUCAGUUCGUAGCACCGAGAGUUAACAAAAAAUACUUGAGCAAAUUUUAUAAUAAAAAUGUCCGAAUAAUUGGCAAAGUUUUGAAAAAGGAUGGAAAUGAGUUAACUCUACUAACUUGUGACAAUGAAGAAGUGAAGUGUUUUUUAAACGAUGAUCAAAUGGCUGAUUCGUUCGAGCAUUAUGUUGAAGUUUUAGGAAAGGUGAAUGAGGAUGAGACCUUAAGUGACAUAGUAUACGUACAAAAUGGAGGCAAUUCGUUAAAUUUAAACGAAAUGAAUAAUCUAGUAAAUUUAACUUUCCUUGAAGAAUUUGUGGAAAUCUUUUAA